CCAGGAGUGACGGUGCGACAGUGUGAGGGCACCCGUUGCCCCAUUUUAGAUAGAUAAUUCACAUCGGGCAUUUUGGUUGCGAAGCAGAGCAGCGUGCGCACAUCGGUCCUCCGGUGGCUCCCCCGGCUGUAGGGCGCCCAUCGACUGACUGACGUGGAUACCUUUGAAAGAGUGGCCCGCAGGCGGCCAUGGGGGAAGUACUCGGGAAGUUCUUCAUUCCAGUGAGCUGCAACCACACGCACCGCACACACAGAUGUCAUAUGAGAUGGAUGGAUGGUUGGCAUGUGUUCUGUUUGGGCGGGCGCGUGCGUGUGUGUGUGUGUGUCAGGUGGAUGAGAUCCCGUAUGACGUGCCUGGGUUCAUCCAGGUGCUCUUCCUGGGCGCCUGCUAUGGCUACAUCCUCUUCAAUGCGGUGAGUGAGUGAGUGAGUCAGUGAGUGGGCUGAGGGGCUGAGCUCUCUGUGUGAGAGGGGGACCAUGUCGAGAACCUCUCUCUCUCUCUCUGUCUGUGUGUGUGCGCGUGUGUAUUGUGUGACACCGCCCGCGUGUCUAUCGCUCCCUCAAUCAGAGCAAUUUGAUAUCGGAGGGCAGCGAGUUGCUGCUGCUGGUGCCGUCCUUAGCGGGCCUGGUGGGGUCGGUGGUGCUGCCCGUCCUGGGAGCCGUCCCGGACGGCGCCAUCGUCCUCUUCUCCGGUCAGACUGGCAGCCAGCCACGCACGCAGACAUGCAGGGAGGGAAGGUGCGUUGCAUUGCGGUGCAGGGCUCGGCCCUGACGCGCAGGAGCAGCUGUCAGUGGGUGUGGGCGCACUUGCAGGUAGGUAGCUGGGUGGACCAUCGAUGGAUCGACCACAGAGACUGACUGCACGGACAGAGAGAGAGUACAUGGACCGACUAGGCAGCAUGGAUGGAUGGAUGGAUGUGUUGUCACGUUCGUUGGUUAGGUUCGACGAUAAUGUUGCUGACGAUCCCCUGGUUCCUGUCCAUUGUGGGGGGCCGUGUGAAUGUGCUGGAGAGCGGGGAGCUGACCUACAAGAAACCCAAGGACGCCGACCCCGACUGGAAGAAACUCGACCCGCCAAACAACUGGAGCCUCACACGUAUGUGUGUGUGUGACGGACAGAACAAUCAAUCAAUCAAGCAAUGGAUAAGGGGAUGGGUGGGCGGUGUGAAUGAUGUGGUGUGGUGUGCCCUCUCUGUCUGUGCGGUGUGUGCACUAUGGCCUGCAGAGACGGGCGUCAAGUGCAACAAGAGCAUAGCGGUCAACGGCAAGAUCAUGCUCCUCACCGCCAUCACCUACCUCGUCAUACAGGUCGGGGGGUGGACACACGCUACCUACCACACAGACAGACAGACAGACAGAUGGAAUGGAGACACACACCUGCAUGCCUCUCCUGCUGUGCGUGCAGAUCCCGGCCUUUGCCGUCAUCCACGACACCAUCGAGCAGAAACGAUCCUUUGAACGGUUGGCAUGCCGGUUUGCCUGCCUGCCUGCGUGGCGGCAGACAGACAGACUCACCGUCCGGUAGCCGUCUGUUCGUUCGCUCAUGCUUGAUGCGUGCAGUUGGUUUGCCUUCUCCGGCAUGUUGAUUGCCAUUGUGUGCUUCGUCCUCUACCUCGUGUACCAGUUCUGGCAGGUCACACACAUACACACUCACAUGCGGCAGACAUACGUGUGUGUGUGUGUGUGUGCAGGCUAAGGGCGAGCACAACCAGGUGCUUGAAGACGAAAUCAUAGAACUCCGGUAUACAUACACAGACACAUACACACACACGAGGCAGGCCAACAUGAGCACGCUGUCUUGUGUGUUCGUGUGUGUCGCGGAUGGCUGGCUGGACGGAUGGAUGUGUGUAUGUGUGUGUGUGUGUGCAGGAGGAAGGCCCUCAAAGACGGCAUGCUCACUCUGAGAGGCGUACGCACCCACACACAUGACUGACACACCUGCACGUGUCUGCCUGUCUACCUGUCUGUAUGUGCUGUGGAUCUACGCCUGCAGGCGAUGUUUGAGUUGUUCCGCAUGCUGGAGCCGCACGACUACUCGCCUCGAUUCUCCGAGACCCACGGCCUCCGUGGCAGCCCGAGUGUGCAGCAGGGCACCGUCUCUUCCACCGACAGCGUCGGGGCCGACGGCAAGACACGGCCCCUGCUGCAGGCCUUCCCACCGAAAAUGAGACACCAAAUGAAGGUACCUACCCACCCAUUUGUUCACCGGUCGAUCCAUCGAUGGCAUACAUGUGUUCAUGUGUUGAUGUGUGCAGGAGGUGCUCCGUCCGUUCUUUAACGAGCUGGAUUUGGACAAGACGGGCUCACUCGACCAUGAUGAGGUGGCACUGGGACGGAGGGAGGGAGGGAGGGAGCAACAAUCUCGUGCAUGGUUGUGUGUGGUUGUGUGGCUGGCUGUCUGUGGUCGGUCAGAUCCGGAUCAUGUUCCGCAACCUGAACGAGGCUCCCACCGAGCGCGAGAUACACGACUUCAUCAAAAAAGCCGACAUGGACAAGUCAGUCAGUCACUCACUCACUCAGCCAGUGACACACAAGAGAGAAACCAACACACCCCAACACGGCACAGCACAGCACGGCAUAGCACGGCAGACGAAGCCACAGACUCGUUCAUGUCUGCUUGUGUGGAUGGAUGGAUGGAUGGACCCACAGUUCCGGCGUGAUAGAGUUUGAGGAGUUCGUCAACGCCAUGAUACACUACGUCAAGAAGAGGUACCCACCCACCCACCAUGACAUACAUCCCCCUAUGCCCCUAUGCACGUCUUGAUUUCCUCACUGAUCGGUUGACCUCGUCGGUGGGUGGGUGGGUGCGGUUCGUGUGAUGAAUGCAGCCCGGAGCAGUUUUCGAUGGCCGUGGACGGGAUGCGGACUUCGGUGGGCAGCGAGGCAGCCGGCAUCGGGGCGGUGGAGGAGCAAGACGAGGAAGAGGGCGAAGAUGAAGAGGAAGAAUCCAUCCCAGGUCAGUCAGUCAGUCAGUCUCGGGCAGUCAGCACACAGUGAGGAAGCGAUGGAGGGAAUCGUCCGUAAGGAUGCACUCACUGUGUGGUGUGGUUGUGUCCAUGGCGUGUGGUUGUUUCAUCAGACGAUUUGGCUCAUCUGAGUCCCGAGCAACAGCAGCUGCGCAUCAAGAUUCGCGCGGCCUACAUGAUGCUCGUCGGCACCGCGCUGGUUCUGCUCUUCUCUGACCCUAUGGUGACACACACACACACAUACGGAGAGAGACAGAGAGAGAGAGCGCCAUCCAUCCAUCCACCCGCGAGGAAUUGUGUGGAUCGUUCGUGUGCUGUGCUGUGCUGUGUGUGUUGUGACUGUGCGUGCAGGUGGAUGUGUUCAGCAGUGUGGGCGAGCGGACGGGCGUCCCCGCCUUCUACAUCUCGUUUGUCCUCGCACCACUAGGUCAGUCAGGUCGCCUGUGAUGCGACUGACACACCACCACACACACACUCGUGUGUAGCUCGCUCACGACGGACAGACAGACAGGACAUAUGGAUGGCUGGCUGGCUGGCUGAUAUUCCGUGUGUUGUGUUGUGUUGUGUUGUGUGUGUCGCGUGUGUGUAUAGCGUCGAAUGCGUCUGAGCUGAUAGCGUCUUACAACUACUCACUCAAGAAGACCAGAAAGACCAUCACCAUCGCAUUCGCAGGUUUGUACCACAUGACACCACACCACACCGGUCGUGCUGACUGACGCCUUUGUUGCUGGUCUCUGCUCAUCUGUGUGAUGUGUUGUGUAACACGACUGCCUGCCUGCCUGCAUGCGUUCGUUGAUUGAUGAUAGCUUUGGAGGGUGCGGCCUGCAUGAACAACACAUUCUGCCUGGCCAUCUUCCUGGCGCUGGUGUUCUUCCGGUCGCUCGUGUGGUCCUUCAGCGCCGAGACCCUCGCCAUCCUGCUCGUGGAGCUCUGCAUGGGAUUCAUCGCCAUGAAACGGGUCAGUCAGUCACACAGACACACACACACACACACACACACACAGCUGUCCGUUUGCCGACUGAAUGACAUGGAUGCGCGUGUGUGUAAAUGAAUGUGUCCAUGUGUGUGUUCGGCGAUAUGGUUGUGGUCUGUCUGUCUGUGUGUGUGUGUCUGUCAGGUUCACCUUUUGAAGGACGGUCUGUUUGUGUUGGCGCUGUACCCCCUGUCGAUCAUGUUCGUCUGGGUCAUGGAGAACGCCUUCGGCUUCGACUAAAAAAAAGGCUCCCUCUCUGCACGCCCACCAAACCGACACAAAGCCUGGCAGAGCAGAUAGUCAGUUUAGCCGUCCGUCAACCAGCCAGUGUGUGUAGUCAGGGAGAGAGGGAGGGAGGGAGGGAGGGAGCGAGGGUCAUUUAGAUCAGAGCGAGAUGUAGGUGGCUGGCCGUACACACACGCACACCCAUUACAUAACAUAUACUACAAUAUGACGUGUACACAGCAUACAUACCAUGGCGUGUGAUUGAUUAGAGGACUGCACGUGUGGGGGCGGGCGGGCGGGGCAGUGGGUGAUAUAUCGGUCAAUCAAUCAAAGGGUGGGUGGGUGGAUCCGAUGGAGCCAGACGGGAAGAGCUCUGGUGGGGUGGGGCGAGGGGGUGCCGAACGAAGAGAGGAGUGCGUGUGGCCAUCCGCCAGAUGGCCAAGCAAAUGGGCGGGAGAUCAAGUGUGGGUGAUUGCCUGCCUGCCUGCCAUACGGGGGCUCUUUCUUUCUUUCUGUCCAUCAGGGGGCAUCAGUGGUUGGUGAAUUGAAGCAGAAUGAAUGAUGACUAGGUAGCCAGCCUACCUGACCUGCCUGUGAGGGUGGGUGGUGGACGAUUCGAUGCGACCGACGAUUGCUGGUCGAUACAAACCGCCUGCAUGCCUGCCUGCCUGCCUUGAUGCGUCUCGUUUGGUUUGGUUUGGUUUCUUGCUAUAGUCAGGUUGCGUGGCAUGCAGUCUGCGGUGCGGUGUGGUGUGGUGUGGUGUGGUGUGGUGCGGCAAUGGUGCGGUGCGGUGGUGUGAGAGGGAGAGAGGCUGCUGUACAGCGAGUGGGUGAGUGAGUGAACACCUGACUGAUUUGGACUGACUGCAGCAUGACCAUUCAUUAUGAUCGACGCGUCGUGUUUGGCUGCGUGCGUGUCGGUGUGUUCCCUCGUCAGCGGUCUGUCCGUUCGCACCCAAUUAACCUUGGAAGGACAGCUCAGCCACUCGCGUCAAGGUGUCCAUCUGCCACACACACAGACACACACACGCGCCCCUCCUCCCCUCCCCUCCCUCCGUGUGUGCGUGGGCCGUCCACUGCUGCACACACACACGCAAUCAAUUAAUUAAUUAAUUAAGGCUAGGCCGGCCGCCAUCUCUCUCGCAGCACCCUGACUGAGCUUGUUGGUGUAGCCGAUCGACGGUGUGGUCUGAUUUGAGUGAGUGAGUGAGUGGACUCGGUCCCUGUGUGUCUGUCUCAUGUAAUGUAGCUGGCUGCUGGACGGACAGGACAGGUGGGUGUGGGUGGUGUGGGUGGGCAUUGAGUGACCGAGUGACUGACUGAGUGGGUGUCAGUCAAGUGUGAAUUGCUUUGCGUGCGAGGCACUGCAGGCGACGGACGGGUGGCAUGCGGUGCGGGCACACAGAGACAGUAAGUAAGUACUUGCUGCACUGCAAAGUGGCGGGCACCGAAAAUACCUGCACCUCACACCUCACACCUCUGCUCUGUGUGGGUGGAUGUCCGUCCGUCCAAAGAGCCAAAUGGCUGGCGAAACUUUAAUUAAGUGCAGACACAAUGAAACAGAACGAGGGCACCAGAAACUCUGCUGCCAUGUGCUCUGUUGGUUUUAUAUUGUCUACGUCAUCGUAUAUAUGUGACGUGCUAUCGUCCAGUUCAGUGCAUUCUAUUCAUCGCUGACUGAAGUCCCUCCACCUCCCUGAGCGGCAUCAAACAGCAUCAAGGUAGGCAGGCAGGAAGGUGGGUGGGCAGAGAGAGACCACCUGACUGACUGAGACACUAUGAAUGCAUCUCUCUCUUCUGUGUCUGUGCGCUGCAGAGACAAACAGCCACCUGGGGUUUGCACACGCAUCGCAUCGCAUGGGGGCAGAGAAGACAAGAGGCUCUCUUUCUGUGUGUGUGCGCAAGCAAGAUCGUGCUGGGAGCUAGUCAAUCGGUUUGUGUGUCGCUUGGCGCAAGACACGCCACGACGCCCCCCAUCCCUCCCUGUCUGGACAGCUAGGUAGUUCACUGAGUGAGUGAGUGGCCAGCCAGCCAUUCGGCCGCUUCCGUACAAUCUCUCGAGAGGCAGGUACGGCACAAGAGAGAGAGAGACAUGGGGGUGUCACCGUGUCAGACAGUCCAGGUGUGCAUCGCUGCAUUCACACCGGGCGAACACGAUGAGCAUUCAGAAUGUGUGUGUGGCUAUCGGGAUUAUCGAUGCGAUCGAGUAGGGUCCUGAGCACACCACAGACAGACACACGCAGCCAGCAAGACGCCGGGACCACACAAACCUCUCAAGUAAGCAUGGGUGCGUGCGUGAGAGACACCUUGUACGCCGAGCACCCACACCACCGAUGCGAUGCGUGUAUACAGCUGGCGUUCUUUGUUUUGUGUUGUUUUUGUUUCAGUUAUGUUUGUUUGCUUUCCCUCUCCCCCCUCUUUUCUUUGUUACAAAAUGAAAAGAAA